GUGAUUUUUAGGAAGGAUAGUGAGUUACAGAAAGGAAUAGAGAAUCACAAAAACGUGUGGCGUGUUGUGUGUGUGUGUGUUUCAAGAGGAGAGGGAGAAUAUAUGUCUUUUUUUUUUUUUUUUUUUUUUAUUUAUCGAAAAUGGGAUUAGCAUAGAAAGGCUGAUAAGAAAAAGGGAGUGAUAGAAAGGAGAAGUUGGGCGUUGAACACAAAAGAAGACAGUCUUUGGAAAGGGAGUUGAAUAGUCUUUAUCGUAGAUGAUUGCAGACUGCCUUUGUUUGUAUGGUCAGUCACAUGGAUUCCCCCUGCCUGCACCCAACACUCUCUCUCUCUUACUGACUGACUCUCUCUAUGUUUUCCUUUUUCUCUCUGUCUCUCUCUCUGUCUCUGAGCACUUUUUUUUUUCUUUUUCUUUUUUUUUUUCAAUAUAACUCUUGUAAUUUCCUUUUCCAUCAUCUGCUAGAUGUUAUGUUAAUUAGUACUCAAUCAAUGUUAGUUUCUAUGGAAAUAUUAAUUGGGUACAUGGUUUUUCUUAUAUAAGUGUGUGUUACACACUCCUUCGAAUACAUGUAUUCCUCUCUAUCAACAAUUGUUUACUAAUUGGAGCAAUACUAAAAUAAGAGAGAGAAUCACUCUCUCUCACACACACCACACAAUGUUUACUAUGUGAUUGGUCCAAGUUGGUUUGGUGUAGAGUGUACACUACAUGUUGUUUUAUUAAGGAGUAAAAGCCUUUAAAAGGAGAGAAAUAGAUCCCUUCUUGGUCAAGAAUUUAGAAGUACUUUAGAGAUAAAGAGAGAGAAUGGCCUUAGAAGCUGUGUUCUUCAAACAAGACCCGUUUAGUUAUGACAGCAAAGAUUUCUACAGUCCUUCGGGAUGUGUAGGAGGUUACGGCUUUGGCUUUGGCUUUGGCUUUCAAGAAGAUCAAAAGGUCAACUCCGAAACUAUGACUAUGAUGGAGCAAGGUUUCAAUGGAUAUUUGGACACUCCAUCAUCAUUGAUUGUGCAAAGCGUGAAGGUGCCUGGGGAGACCAUCUCUUCUUCCCUAGAGGUUUUCACAGAUGAAGGAUACUUCGCCGGAGCUGGCUACACUAAGUCUGUAGCUCCGGUACCCAACUCAUGCCGGCGAAAGAGACGGCGCACUAAAAACUGUAAGAACGAGAAAGACGUGGAGAACCAGAGGAUGACUCACAUUGCUGUUGAAAGAAAUCGCCGCAAACAGAUGAAUGACUAUCUCGCCGUCCUCCGAUCUUUGAUGCCGCCUUCUUACGCUCAAAGGGGGGACCAAGCAUCAAUAGUAGGGGGUGCCAUUAAUUUUGUGAAGGAACUUGAACAACUCCUCCAAUUCUUGGAAGCACACAAGCAACUCAGUCAACAACAGUCGUCCAACAUGGGUUACUCUCCUUUCUUCACCAAUUUCUUCCACUCACCCCAAUACUCGACUCGUUCAACUCGGCAAAACAACUCAGUGGCGGACGCUACCCGCGAGCCGGUGGCCGAGAUCGAAGUGAACAUGGCGGAUACCCAUGCCGAUAUCAAAGUACUAACAAAAAGAAGACCGAGACAGCUCUUGAAGAUGGUGACCGGACUUCACUCGCUCGGCCUUACCAUCCUCCAUCUUAAUGUCACCACUGUUGAUCAUAUGGUGCUCUAUUCUUUCAGCGUCAAGGUGGAAGAUGAUUGUCAGCUGAGCACAGUGAAUGAGAUAGCAAAUGUUGUGCAUGAGAUGGUGGAUAAGAUUCAAAAGGAGGCCAUGUCAUGUUGAGAAACCCUAAGUUCUCUUGUGAUCGGCAAAUUAUUUUCCCAUGUUAUGUAAUUGAAUUAUUAGUAGUUGAAAUCAUAGGUUUAAGGUUCCGACUUUAUUGUAUUAUAUAUAUAUAUAUGUUUCUAGGAACAUGAUGUACCAUGAAAUGGUUGAAGUGGGAGCAUCUUUUUGCCAAUUCAGUGCAUCUGCCAAUGAAAAGCUGAUUAUCUAUAAUGAGGGUAUCUUCAACAUUUGAGUGAAACUAAUCCUUCAAAUGUAGGUACAUGCCCUUAGAUUCGUGUCUGGAAUAAUUUGAGCUAGAUGUGACCCGAAGAGAUUAGGGAAUCUUAUUUAUAUUUAGAGUGAGUCUAAAAAAAUCUAGUGAACCCUAAACACAAGGCAUGAUCCAAAGCACUUUGGAUUUGUUUGGGUCGGUAGUC